AUGAUGACAGCUUUUACGUCGAGACGAAACUCUACAGAAGCGUUCCUCUUCCUCUGGAUCUACUUGCUGCUGGCGGCAACGGUUUGGGUUUGGGUCAUGAUGAUAUCGACGACAACGAAAGCAACCCCCUUUGCAAAAACGACUGACUACGCAUUUUCCACAACCUAUCUGUACGUGGGAAGUCGCAACUACAGUACGCCCAAUGACAUUCCACCCAUAAGCCCCGCGCAUCUCAUGAUUGAGGACAACUUUCGGUUUUGGGUCAACGCUGGAAUGGUGGGCACGACAUUGCGAUUGCCAAUGUGGAUUGGAACAGUCCUUCCUGGUAUGCAUCCUGCCACAACUACUCUCCUGGCUGGAUGCCCCAGCACUACGAGUGGCUCGUUGCCGCAAAGCAUUCACGCUUACUGCUUACGUUAA